AUGCAAAGUACACCAAAACCAGCUCGAAGAAGAUCAGACUCCCAAGGAAAGAAGCUUUUCCUCCCAGAAUGGAAAACACGCGUCCUUGAGGUUGCUGAAGAAGAGGAAUCCAGAAGAGAUGACCAAACAGUUGUACACGAUCCAAACCGUGAAAAUAGCCGUGAACGUGAGCGAAAACACGUCCAAAAACACCACCGUGAGGCUCGAAUAGUAACCGUAGCCGUGUUUGUUCAAAAGAGCCAGAACAGUGACGGACUCCAAGAACGCCACAGACGUACCAGCAAUAAAGAACAGCAGCUUGAGCUGCAAGGUGAAGUUUCUGAGCCAAACAUUAGUGGAGGUAACAGCAUUGGUCUUGUCGAGACGCACUUUCCGAUAAAGAUACGCGACAAAGAGACCAAAAAGCGACGCGUACAGCAAAAACAGAGUAAAGUCCCAGUACAGGAAGUGGUAGUCCGACACCAGCAGGUUACCGAAGCUCUGUUUCCAGUCCACAACCACGCUAAUCUUGCCAACGUCUUCUGGAAUGUUUGA